UUUGUGCGCAAAUCUGUGUUGAAAGCAUUUAUGUGAUGAGCUCAAGAACCAAAGAGAAUGAGAGGAUUAGCCGAAUUAUGAGGCUUCUCUGGCUCUAUUGAUAUGCCGCGACCUUUCACCCCCUGAUAUGACAGAGUGCCCUGCUGUCUGCCAGAAGCUAAUCUGAGGUCAAAGUCUGCUGUCAGGCUGACAGAAUGCGUCAGUGCUGCUUUUGUCUCCAUCUGUCCGAACUUCUCUGCUGACGGUUCCUGUGUCUGGGAAACCUCCUGCUCUCUGACAGCAUGUUCCUCCGGACCGUAGCCCUGCUCCUCCUGUGCGCUUCACUGGCUCUGUCUGCCACGCUGGUCUACCACCAGACUGAGGCCAAAGAGGAGCAGGAGGCGCCUGUUGUGGAGUCACUUCGCGGCGAUGGCGAGGCCCAUGGCACAACAACAAACGCUGCUGCAGAUGGUGAAGUAGGUGAUUCAAACGGAAACGAGGUUUUGGGUCAAACCAAAGUGGAGACAAUGGAUUCAUCCACCGCUCUCACGGAGGAGCAUCAUUCCUCUGAGGACUCCAACGCCAUCAGACCAGUCCAGACCAUCAAACCCCCAAACAAACCACCAGCAGAAGAAGAAGCUAACAGCUGGAGCCUCACGUCUAUUAGAAACAGUUUUCAGACCGUGCACGGAUACUUUGACACCCUGGUGGAGCUGGUUGGAGGACACAACGGCGUGUGUCAGUACCGCUGCAGAUACGGAGAACUUCCUCGUCCUCGACCCAACUUCCAGCAGCAAGAGACCAAUGGCUGCAACUCCUCCCUGAUGGGGUUCCAGUUUGAUGUUGGGAUCCCUGCUAUGACCAAAUGCUGCAAUCAGCUGGAUUCCUGUUAUGACACCUGUGGGGUGAACAAGUACGACUGCGACGCCAAGUUUCGGGUCUGUCUGCACGCCCUCUGCUCCGAUCUCAAGAAGAGUCUGGGCUUCGUCUCCAAGGUUCAAGCGUGUGAAUCGAUGGCAGACGCCCUGUACAACACAGUGUGGACUCUGGGCUGCAGGCCUUACAUGAACAGCCAGAGGGCGGCGUGCGUCUGUGAGGGAGAGGAGAGGGACGAGCUGUGAAACCCCAACAACCAUCACCGUCAUGGACAGCACAGCUGAAAGCCUGGAGGCCUCCCCCAGCAUCCUCUCAGACAGGCAGUGGAAGACCAGAACUGUUCCAUCAGAUUUGUUCACGUUACAUUUGAACAGAAGUAUGACUUUGAGGAUCUUAAUUAAUUGCUCAUGCAUAUUUAACUAUCAUGCUUCUCGUUUUAGGCCACAAUUCAGGCCCUCUGUGACUCCAUUAGCAUAAAUUACUCAAUGACUCCACGUUGAAUCUCUGAAAGGAAGAUUAAAUUUUCAUCCAUGGACACAAAAACAAAACAAAAAGCUCUUCAGUUCCUAUAAGCCAACCUUAAAAAAGCCACAUUCACUGCUAUGUCAAUGUCAUUAGUCACUUUUAAUGAACAAACUGCAUCUUAAAUGAUACGAUUACAUUUCGAUUAGCUGCUAAAGUGACGAAGCGUGUGUUAAAUGUGUUUAACGUGUGACGUCCCCCCCUCUUCCAUCAUCCAUUACACCCAGAAAAUGAGUCGGAUGUUCCACUUUUAUUUUCCAAAUCAGUGACGGGGCAGAAAGUAAGCCUCCCCUGGUGGAUCCUAGAGGUCUGUGAGCUUUAAUCGAGCCUGAGAAAUGGCCCAAAGUGCUCCUCAGGAAAAGCUCAGCUUGUGCUGCUGUUGCUGGAAAUGAACUGUGGCGCCCUCGUAAUGCUUUUUAAUAGAAACGUCAAUCAUUUUAAUGUCUGUAAAUUGUGCUUUGAGGCAAAGAUACACAAACUUGUUCAUCAGCAGCAGUAUAAAUAACAGACGGGGGGGAGCAGAGUGUGUGUAUUUAUGUCUAUGUGUGUGUGAGGGGGGACUUCUAUGGGAUAGUGCAAUGCCUUUAUGUUUAUGGUGUUCUUAAUACCUAAAUAAAGUAAAGGUUGUCGUA